AUGAGACCAGCAAAAACAGAGGGAGAACAGAGCAUCAUCCUGAUCAGUGAUGAUGAAGCUGAGAGCACCCUUGGGGAUUCAGUCCUCUUAGUAGAGCGACAGGGUAAGAGCUAGAAAUCUGCCCUGGAAGAGAUGAAAUCUGUAGAAGUUGUGGAUGAGGAAUGUGAAUUGUUGGUUACUUUCUGUAAACAAGCAAAUGUGAUGCCUCAUGCAAGAUAUGACUGUACCACACACCCCUUUGAGAGAACAGAAUGUGAUACUGGCUCACCCCUUGGCAAAAAUGCUGACAUUUGUGACCAGUGCUACUGCUACAUCUGUGACAAAUUGGCUUCAGAGUGCCAGAACUGGACAGUCCCUGCCCUGUGUCACUGCAAUGCACACAACAAAAGCAAGUUCUGGAAGGACCAGAGGGACUUUGCCCUUGCAGGAGUCCUUGUCAUGUUCAACCUGGAGCUGAAGGACAUUGACGCAGAACUGCGGCAUGGGGGAAGUCUUCUAAUAGAAUUUAUCCAGCAACUUUCUGUGGAAUAUAAUAAGUAUCUGACUGGAGAAAAACUGCCUCCCAGAAAACAGGAAUGCUCUUGUGUCCCCAAAUUGCCUCCUGGGCAGUGCAAUUCCUGCAGUUCACACAACAGUGACAUUGUAUACAAGUAUUCUGAAGUUUUUGCCCUGGUAACAAGAUUUUUAAAUCAGGCAGAGCAGGAGAGUCCUAAAGCUGCUGCUGUUAUGCUGCUGGGAGCAGCUAGAGAGAUUUCAUUUCACAAAGACCCUUCUGUGAUCACAACCCAACUCCAGAGGAUGCUGGUUCUCUGUGACUUCCCCAAAACUCUGUAUGAGAAGUUUGUGAAUUUUUUUCAGUCCAUCUCACUUCCCUGUCACUGUUUUGUCUUCUCCAAUAGCUUGAAUGUUGUGCCUUGGGACGACAUGUUACUGACCACAGUUUUAAAAGGCCAAAACAUCACUGGGCAGAGAACACAGAAAGGAAGGAAAAUCUUUCUGUGGGAAGCACUUCCUGUCGUAGAGGCUCGAGUGGAGAAACUGUUGGAAAAGAACAACUAUCGAGAAGUUGUUCGGUACCUGAGAGCUGUCAAAUGCAAUGACGGCAAAGGGUUACGAGACCUUCGGGAUAAGAUCCCAUUCUAUCUGUGUAAAGCUGGGGAAUUCCUGGAAGCUGCCAAUUCCCUGCUGGUCCCUGUGAGCAGCUUGGCCUGCUGCACUGCCUGCCGGGUCACACCUUGCCAGUUUGAGGUCUACCUCAAGAUGUUUAGGACAGGCAGUGUUCCUAUUGGGAAUGACAUGCUGGAGCCUGGGCACUGGGUUACAGUAGGCUCUCCCCUGAAAGAUGGUAUGCUGGUUAAACAUGCACUCAAACUCCUCUACAGCAACAUGUUACUAUACAGGAAUGGAGUGCUGGCAGCCAGCUAUAGCCUUCUGGAAGACCUGAAAGCCAAACUCAAUGUCUCUUUACCACAUGCCAUCUCUUCUCCUCAGUGGCACCACGAGGCCUGUCUCAUCCUGGCAGUACAAGCACUACAGCAGAUGCUUCUUUGUCAUCUUCCAUACUUGACUUCCUUCUUAGAGAUAGCCCUGGCUUUUGGGAGUAACUUCUGGGCUCUGAGGCUGUUAUUAGACCAUCUCUCCUAUGAUGAACAAAUCCUCCAUGGUACUGUCAACCUGAUUUUGAAAGAUCUGAGCAGGCAGAAAGCAACAAUACUAAAACUGUGGCAAAACCUUGGGCCUGAGUAUGUGGGUGAAUUCCUGUGUCUGUUCCUGACCUGCAGACAUAAGAAGAUGCAAUCCAUUGGCCUCUGCAGCCUCAACAUUAUUGCAGAGAAUCUGCACAU